ACUUCCGCCUUCCGCCGCCGGACUCUGCCCGCGCGCGUGCUCCCGCCGCCAUGGCGCCGCUGCGCUUCUCUGCCAACGUGUCGUGGCUGUUCCGCGAGCUCCCCGGCCUCCCUGCGCGGCUCCAGGCGGCAGCCAGCGCGGGUUUCGAGGCCGUCGAGAUCGGCUGGCCCUAUGAGGAGCCGCCGGAGGCGCUGGCCCACGCGGCGCGGGAGGCGGGGCUGCGGCUCGUUCUGAUCAACACGCCCCCGGGAGACCCGGAGAAGGGGGAGAUGGGCCUGGGGGCCGUUCCUGGGAGGCAGGCAGCCUUCCGCGAGGGGCUGGAGCAGGCUGUGCUGUACGCCAAAGCUCUGGGCUGUCCUAGGAUUCAUCUGAUGGCCGGCCGAGUACCCCAGGGGGCUGAUCGAGCAGCAGUCAGGGGUGAAAUGGAAAUGGUUUUUCUGGAGAACCUGAGGCAUGCAGCCGGGGUUUUGGCUCAGGAGAACCUCGUGGGACUGCUGGAGCCCAUCAACACCCGCGUCACUGACCCCCAGUACUUCCUGGAUACACCCCAGCAGGUGGCAGCCAUCUUACAGAAGGCGGGAAGACCCAACCUCCAGUUACAAAUGGACAUAUUCCACUGGCAGAUCAUGGAUGGGAACCUGACAGGAAACAUUCGGGAGUUCCUGCCCAUAGUAGGGCAUGUGCAGGUGGCACAGGUUCCAGGCCGGGGAGAGCCUGGCAGCCCUGGUGAGCUGAACUUCCCCUAUCUAUUCCAACUGCUGGAGGAUGAAGGCUACAAAGGCUUUGUGGGCUGCGAGUACCAGCCUCAAGGAGACACAGGAGAGGGCUUGAGUUGGCUCCGUUCAUACUGGGAUAGGCGGGGCCGCCCGCAGGCUGGCCAGUGAGGUCCUACACUCCACCAUGCCUCUCUGGGACAGUGAGUUAAUAAGCAACCUGAAUCUCCUCCGAAUUAAAAGACAACCCACUGGACACUUUCA